GUGACUGGUCAUCGGUGGACGAAUCGUGUGUCGGGCGCAUUUUCAGUAAUUGUUGAUUGGAGAUCUCCAAAUAUUACACUGAUUAUUGGUUACUGUGUUCUUAUUAACUUUGGAAGCGGUUACUUAUUUUUUAAUAGCGAUUUUCCAAUAAUUUAUUUUGUGGAGGAGACUUUGUAUUUUGUGAAAAACUCGAGGUCGGCGUGUCGUGGUAUUGUGAGACAAGAUGUCCGUGUGUUUCUUUGUACCUGCAGACCAAGCGGGCGCGUCAGGGGUUGCCGAUGAGGUGGAUAGCGACAUCAUAGGAGAAGACAGUGCCCCCGUCGAGUCGCCACAGCAGAGUCUACAGCAGUUCUGGUGUAAGGUCACCGAUGACAUCAAGAAGGUUAAUGCUGAGGACUUCAAGUCUCAAGCGUUGCCUCUAGCCCGUAUAAAGAAGAUAAUGAAAUUGGAUGAAGAAGUAAAGAUGAUAUCUGCCGAAGCUCCCGUACUGUUCGCUAAAGCUGCCGAGAUUUUUAUACACGAACUCACGCUCAGGGCCUGGGCACAUACUGAAGAUAAUAAGAGAAGAACCUUACAGCGCAACGACAUAGCAAUGGCGAUCACAAAGUGUGACCAGUUCGAUUUCCUGAUCGACAUCGUGCCGCGUCACGAGGUGAAACCCAACAAGCCGCGAUACGACCACGCGCCGAGAGCCACGCAUACUGCUGAACAAAUGAGUCACCAGCAUCAAGCGACGUUAACGCAGAACGCUGCGGCGCCGCAGAUCGUGAUUCAGCCAUGCGCGCAGGUGGUACAGACAUCAGCGGCAGCGUCAACAUCUUCGAACAACGUGGUGUCUCAGCAGCCCGUCACGCUGGUGCAGCAAGUGGUCACGCCGUCCGGGGAGCUGCAGCAGCUACCGAUCCAACUAACUCAAGCGCAAUUAAACAUGAUUCGGCUACAAGUGCAGAACAACCCCAACCAGCCAAUCAUCAUUCAAGCGCAGUCGCAGCAAUCGCCACAGAUUAUACAGGUCCAAUCACAAGCGCAGCACCAGCCGCAGCAGCAGGUGUUCCUAGCUCAAGUGGCGAGCUCACAGGAAGACUCCUAGUACCACGACACUGGCACUCAGUGCGAAUCCGACUCCGACAGUCAGUGAGAACCGGGACUGUCGUGGUAACCGCUAUUGAACGCGUUUAUAAAUUUACCAAAUUGAAGUUUUAUUUGGAAAAGUGGCAGUUUUAUGGAGUUAAAGUUUUUUUUUUAUACUGACAUCGGAUUUAAAGGAUCAAUACAUCAGUCAUUCAGAAAACUCUGAAGCUACGUAAAGGCACUUUUGGGUUGUCAUCAUCAUCUUCCGAGCCUUUCCCCAACUAUGUUGGGGUCGGCUUCCAGUCCGGAUGUAGCUAAGAACCGGUGUCAGGACUUACUGGCUUCCGACUACCCUUAACGACUGCCAAGGAUGAUCAAUGACAGCCGAGACCUACAGUUUAACGUGCCAGCCGAAACACAGUCUAAGAUAAUCAUACUUAGAAAGUACAUACAAACUUAGAAAAGUUGCAUUAUUUAUAACUCGGUCUAAAAAUAAUGAUAAAAGUCAAUAUUUCCUGUUCUUCAAUAUUCCUGUUACUUAACACAGGUUUGUGAAGCGUUCAAUGCGGUUACCCCACGUCCUUUUGCGGUCAAGUGUUCGCCAACACAGUGAUAGACUUUGAUUUUAUACUUACGACAAAACCACGUCUAGAAAAAGUGUUGAAAAUUUCAAAAAAAAAAUCUUGUGUUAGUCCACACUAUAAAGGA